AUGGAAAAAUAUAGUAAAUUCGAUUUUGAUGGAAAUGAAAAAUUUUAGUAACAUCUAAAGAAUUUAUAUCCCUUACCACCGAAUUUAGAUAAAAUUAAACGUAAAUGGUUUAAAAACAAUAUCGAUCCAUAAUUUGAUAUCAACACAGAAUAUUAAAAUCCUAAUUCAAACAAUCAAUCAUAACAAUAAUAAAAUUAAAAAUAACAAUCUUAAGAUCAUUAAUAAUAGUCAUAGUAAUCUUAGUAAUAAUAAUUCUAGAAUUAAAAUCAUUAAUAAGUUCCUUCCAUUCCUAUUUUCACUGUAAUUGAAGGAAUGCUAAAAGUAUUAUAUUUUCCUGCUUUAUUAUUCUUGUUUACAUCUUAAUUGAACAAAUAUUUGAAUUUUGGAAGUGUAUUUAUUUGUCUACUUGCUAUUUAUCGUUUAUAAGGGUUACCAAAGAAAAACUAUUUUUAAGAAUACUUUUUAAGAAUUAUUUAACUUGAAUUCACAACAAAUAUAUUCUUUAUUGUGUCAUUAUUUACUAUUGAUAGUUUUUCAUUUUAAUUACCUAUCGCUUUACAUUUUCUAGUAGGAGCAGCAGAAUUUUGGAUUUAGAUUAAUUAAUAAUAAGGAAUUACUUUGAAAGUAGCCAAAUAUAUUUAAGCUAAUAGAAAUGAAAUAAUCCUUACUAAAUAGAAAAUAGAGAUAUAUUUAUUUUUAUACUCAGUUUUUGGAAUAUUCUUAAAAAAAACAUCAAUUCUAUAAGCUGUAAUAAUUUUCUAAAAUUUAUUACUCAAAACUAAAUUUAAUAAAAAUAUGAGAAAUGCAUAAGGAUAUAUAAGAGUAUGGUAUGCUGAUAAGUUAAGUGAAAAUAAAAAAUUACCUGAAGGCUUACGGAAAAUUUUUAGUAUUAUUUGGAGAGGAUAUGAGAAAUUAUUAACCCUUUUUUGA